UAGAACUGCUCAGUAACCAUAUGCACCUUUCUUCAGUAAUAUAUGGGGAUCAAAGACUCAUUUUCCUACAAAACCAAAAGAAUUGUAUUUUACUCCUGCUGUUGUACAAUACUUGGACACACUACACAAGUCUAAUCCAACAAGGAAGUUCUCCUCCACACACUAUGGCAUCGAUUAAACACAAGAACGCAAAAAGGAUAGAAGGACUACACAAAAACAUAUGGGUUGACUUGACAUCUAUAGCUUCAGAUCCCUCCGUCGUAAAUCUUGGUCAAGGUUAUCCAGACAUCCCCCCUCCAUCUUACGUGAAAGAUGGUCUAGCACAGGCUGUAAUGGUGGACCGGCUCAAUCAGUACACACGAGGCUUUGGUCACCCAGCUCUGGUCAAAGCCCUGUCUCAGGUGUACAGUAAAUUGUACAACCGUCAGAUCGACCCUUUUAAAGAGGUCCUUGUGACUGUGGGAGGCUAUGGCUCUUUAUUCAGCAUUUUUCAGGGCCUUGUGGAAGAGGGAGAUGAGGUUAUAAUAAUUGAACCCUUCUUUGACUGCUAUGUUCCUAUGAUUAAAAUGGCAGGAGCCAAACCGGUUUUUAUACCCCUUCGCCUUAAAUCCAGUAAGAAGGCAGACAUCAGCAGUGCAGACUGGAUUCUGGAUCAGGAUGAACUUGCCAGUAAAUUUAAUUCCAAAACGAAAGCCAUCGUUCUUAACACUCCCAAUAACCCCGUUGGGAAGGUGUUUAGCAGGAGUGAGCUGCAGGCUAUUGCAGAUCUCUGCAUCAAACAUGACACACUUUGCUUCAGCGAUGAGGUGUACGAAUGGAUCAUAUACAAGGGGCAUGAGCAUGUGAAGAUAGCAACACUUCCUGGCAUGUGGGACCGAACCAUUACUAUUGGCAGCGCAGGAAAAACAUUCAGUGUGACCGGUUGGAAGCUGGGUUGGUCAAUAGGGCCUGAGCACUUGGUCAAACACCUCCAAACUGUCAUGCAGAACACACUGUACACCUGUCCAACACCUCUACAGGAGGCAGUUGCACGUGGACUCCUGCAUGACUGUGAGCGAAUGGGGCAACCUGACUGCUAUUUCUCCUCCCUAGCCGCAGAGUUGGAGGGAAAGAGAGACCGAAUGGUGGCCAUUUUGAAGCAGGCCGGGAUGUGUCCUGUAGUUCCUGAAGGAGGCUACUUUAUACUCGCCGAUGUCACAGCCCUCAAUCAGGAUCUUUCAGGCGUGGAAGGUGACGAGCCAUAUGACUACAAGUUUGUCAAGUGGAUGAUAAAGGAGAAGAAACUGGCAGCCAUUCCCGUAACAGCAUUCUGUGGAGAUGAGUCCCAGAAGCAGUUUGAGAAAUACAUCCGACUGUGUUUCAUUAAGCAAGACAGCACACUGGACGCUGCUGAGGUCAUUCUGAAGAACUGGAACAAAGCCUGACCAUGGAUGUUACAGCAACACAGCAUUAGCCUUCAUCACUACAUGCUGUAAGAACAAUCCGUGAACUUUCUGAUGAACUUGGACAGUGUGUGUUAGGAUUUACACCCAAGGUUGGGUACAGCAGUAUUUAUAGCCCUAAGCAAUGACACAGAGGAAGCACAAGUCAGUUACAAACAACUGACCUUAUGUUCUAGCAACAGUAUCACAGGUCUCAGGCAGAUGAUGGGUUACUGUUGCUGUAUGAUUAACCUCUUUACCUGCUUAAGCAUAUUUGUAGCAUCUGCCUUGUUGGAAUGUACUAUUAAGGUGGAAAUUAUUGGCUGUGGCUUCUCUUCUAUUGCUUAGGGUUAGAAAGAGUGUUGUACCAGCUCGACUAUUGAGGCUCCUGUACUUACAUACUAUUGCAGUUGAAUUCUCUAUCCUUUAAAUGUAGUCUCCUAUAUUUACAGAGUACAUUGUACGUUUGUUUGAGAACUGAAUAUAAUUUGAAAAACUGAUUAAAGGGUUUCACACUG